AUGCCGACCAUUCACAAUUUAUUCGAACCCGUCACGGGAACAUGGCAGUUCAUCGUCGCAGAUCCAUCUACCCUCUCUGCGGUCAUUAUCGAUCCAGUUUUGGAUUAUGAACCAGCUACCCAAGUCAUUACUACAACCGCCGCCGAUGCUUUGCUAGCCUAUGUGAAAGAAAAGGGCUACAAAAUCGAGAGAAUCCUUGAGACACAUGUCCAUGCAGAUCAUCUCACUUCAUCUUCGUAUCUACAGCAUCGAUUGAGUCAAACCCAGGGAUUCAAGCCACCAAUCGGCAUUGGCAAGCGCAUUACGCAGGUCCAAAAUUUGUUCGGUCGACGGUACCAGAUCGGGAAAGAGGAAUACGAGCAGGUUUUUGAUAAUCUAUUCGAAGAUGAUGAAAGCUUUGCCGUGGGCGAGUUGACGGCUACCGCUCUUCAUCUCCCGGGACAUACCCCAGAUCACCUUGGUUACAAGAUUGGAGGUAUGUAUCUUUCGUCGGUCAAUCCAAAGAUUCAAACCACUAACGCAUGUGUAUCAGAUAAUGUAAUCUGUGGUGACUCUCUGUUUCACGCCGACAUUGGCACCGCGCGCUGUGAUUUUCCCGGGGGUGACGCAAAGAAUCUGUUCAAGUCUGGCCGCAGGCUCCUGGAUCUCGAUGAGCAUGUCAAGAUCUGGCCAGGACAUGACUACCCACCACCUGACCGAGAGCCUGUUCCAUUUCUGACCGUUGGAGAGCAUCGGCGUUUGAAUCGCCACAUCAAGGAUUCAAUCUCCGAAGAACAAUUCGUGAAGAUGCGGACUGAGCGCGAUGCCAGCUUGAAGGAGCCCAGGCUGCUACACCAAUCACUACAGGUCAAUGUUCGGGGCGGGCGACUUCCUGCUCCAACUGAGUCUGGACAACGCAUGCUUCAUUUACCUUUAAAGUUGAAUGGGCUGGAGUGGUAG